AUGACGACUACGUCCAUGGAUUCUUCGUUCGAAGAUAUUAAACGCAAAAGAGAACGUGAGGGCUCACUUGAAUUUAAAGAACCCGAAGAUUUAACUAAUCAAUCUGAUUCUUCUGUUGAAGGCGAUAAAACAGUUCGAUCAAAAAAGAAGCGACAUGAUAUAAUUAAUAAAGAUUUGGUAGACGAAGAUAAUCAAAAAACCUCCGGCGGCGAAACGAAUGAACCCAUGACGACUCUUCAAAAAAAGGUUGAAACAAUGAAAGUUGACGCAUAUGGCAAUGAAGAACAACAACCUAUUACUUUAAUGUCUGAAUUAUAUGUGGGAAAUGAAGUAGAUACUAGUAAAGAAUCGACGGAAAUGCCUAGAAAGCUAUCUAGAACAGCAGCUUCCAAUAAUAAUACACAAAUGGAAUCAAUGCAAAGAAAUAAAAGUUUUAAUUUGUCAACAGAAAUUAAAAAUAAAGAUGAUUUGUCAUUGCCAAGACACCAAAGUUUUACGACUAUCGAAUUAACGAGAAGAAAUGAAGAAAACAAAAAUUUUUCAUCAAAUACAAAAGAGAAGAAAUCUAAAAAACUUGAAGAAGAAUCACAAAAAUUACAAGAUUGUGAUGAAAGUAAUAAUAACAUUAUAGAAUCAAUUGAGGUUACAAAAAAUGAAAAAAAAGAUUCAGAACUAGUUGAAGAUAAAAUCGACCAUGAAAAAAUUCCUGAUAAAACAUUAAUUUCUACAGAAAAUUUAAAUAAAGCAUCUGAUUCCAAAAUAGAGAGUAAUGAAAUUAAUAAGAAAUCAGAUGGACUUUCUACCUCACCUCAAAACGUAGGUAUAUUUGGAUCGGGGUCUAAAUAUACCAGAAAUUCAUUAAUGGGAAGUUUUGCUAAAGAAGUUCCUUUUGGGGGAACACGAACUUUAUUACAAGAACUAGAAGUAUUAACUGGAGAAGAGAAUGAGAUUACUCGACAUUCAGUUAGAGCCAAAUUAUAUUGUAUGGAUGGACAAACAUGGAAAGAAAGAGGAGUUGGAAUUCUAAGACUUAAUUAUCCAAGAAAUUAUGAAAAAUCUCCUCGAUUAGUUAUGCGUGCUGAUGGGGUAUUAAGAGUGAUCUUAAAUGUUGCAUUAUUUCAUGGAAUGCAUGUUGAAAGAUCACAAGAAAAAUUUGUAAGAUUAUUUGCAUUUGAGGGUAAAGGUGAUUUACUUGUUCAUUUAGCUAUAAAGUUAUCUAAUUCUAAUGCAGCUGAUGAUUUAUAUGAAGCUAUAAUGGAUGCAAUACCUCCAGCUCAAAAUCAAUCACAUCCUAGAGUAAAUGAAGUAACUUCUCGUGCCUGA